AUGAGUAAUAUCACAAAGAAUUUCCUUAUUGAAACGGUUCUCACAUAUAAGCAAGACCCAUGCAAAAUCGAAGAUACCCUUUUCCAGUGCAAGGAACCAUCACGCUACAUAAAUUUAAUUGUUUAUCUCCUAACAAUGAUUGUGUUUUUUUAUAUUGGUAUUUCCAGUAUACAGAAAUGGGGUCUUUCAAUGAAAGGAUUCCCACCAGAAGUCAAAUACUGCAUAGUUAUUGCGAUUCGCCAGACAAUUUUGUAUCUGAAAAAAGCAAUUCUCAAUUAUACCUUGGAGUUCAGAUAUUUAACAUUAGUCAUCAAGUUUAAUACCAUCGGUAUUAGCAUAUACUACUUGAGCAACGCGAUUUACAUGAUGGAGCUUCUCAAGACACUAAAGAAGAUCAGAUUCCCAUUGGCAAAGCUUUUUUACUACAUCGGCAUCGUCUUUUUAUACAUUAAUUCACUGAAACUCAUUUUUGACACGGUUAUUUAUUGUAUCCCUCAAAAUGUAUCCAAAAACAUCAUUAGCCAGGUGUUCAACUUCCUAAGUAAGUUCAAUGACAUCGAAUAUUACUUACUUCACGGCUUUUCAAUUUUUAUUUUGUCAAUAAUUUUUGUUUUCUCUUCAUCAAUAAGGAAUUUGAUCAAUCCAAACUUUAGAGCAAAGAUGAAAGGAAUCGUUUUCAUGUACGCUUUCUCAAUAAUUCUCAACAAAAUCUCUGCAUUCUUUUAUGCCGAGAGAUGCGUCAAAACAAUAAUCCUACAUUACCCGGAAACACAAACUUCCCGAUACAUUUUCAUACCAAUCAAAUGGAUUGCUGAACAAUCCGUUUCUUUUGCACAGGUUUUCGUCGUGUACGCUUUGAGCGUGCCAGAUUUCGGAUACGAGGAAGUUCCGAUGACAGACGAACUAUUUAAUGGAUUAGGUAUUGCAGUAUAA